AAACUCUCGCACCUGAUUCGUACGGAUUCACACGUGUUGCCACCGCCACUUCCACAUACACUCUCUCUCUCUCUCUCUCUCUCUCUCUCUCUAGUCUCUGAACUUUCUCUCUAAAGUCUCUCUCUGUCUAAGCAGAAGCAGCUUCAUUUGGUUCUCACAAUGGCUGGGAAAAAGAGAAGGAAGCUGAAAUCGUUAGCCGAAACGGUCACUGAAAAUAACAGAAUGACAAUGAAAGAGAAGAAGGAGAAAUUGGAGCUGCAGACUUGGUCUAACCUUCCCACAGAACUUUUGGAAUUGAUUAUCUCCUGUCUAACCCUAGAGGAAAACGUUCGUGCCUCCGUUGUUUGCAAGAGAUGGCACUCAGUUUCAAUCUCUGUCCGGGUAGUAAAUCAAUCACCAUGGCUUAUGUACUUCCCAAAGUAUGGUAACCUGUAUGAAUUUUAUGACCCCUCACUCUGCAAGACACAUUCCAUUGAGCUGCCCCAGUUGAAUGCGUCUAGGGUUUGCUAUACUAAAGAUGGCUGGUUGUUGCUAUACAAACGCAGAUCUCAUCACUUGUUCUUCUUCAAUCCCUUUACUCGCGAAGUGAUUGAAUUGCCCGGGUUUGCGUUGUAUCUUCAUGUUGUUGCCUUCACUUGUGCCCCAACCUCUACCAACUGCAUGCUUCUUACAGUUCAGGAGAUGGGUCCACAAAGUGUUGCUGUUAGCACUUGCCAUCCUGGGGCAACAGAGUGGGUUACUGUUAAUUACCAACAUCAUUUGCCCUAUCCUUUUUAUACUGAUUCUUUGAAUAAGUUUGUUUUCUGCAAUGGACUCUUCUAUUGUCUGAGUUCCAAUGAUUGGCUAGGGUUCUUUGACCCACUGCAACGUACAUGGAAUGUUCUUGCUGUGCCUCCACCCAAACGCGACGGGAAGUUGUUGAAAAUAUGGCGGCCGGGCACUUACAUGACGGAGCAUAAAGGGGAAAUAAUGCUUAUUUAUCGUUGUUCAGGAAGUGCAAAACCCAUUAUGUUUAAGCUGGAUCGGAGAAACAUGGUAUGGGAAGAGAUGAAAAGCCUUAAUGGUAUCACAGUUUUUGCGAGUUUCUUGUCGUCUCAUUCCAGAACUGACGUUCGUGGACUGAUGAGAAACAGUGUCUACUUCCCCAACGUUCGUUUCGGUGGCAAGAGUUGCAUGUCAUACCGUUUCGAUAAUUGUAGAUACUAUCCGGGUAAGAAGCGUGACUUGGGAGGUCUUUAUCCUCAAAAUAUCUGGAUUGAACCGCCCCAAGACUUCACAAGCUUCGCUGAAUUGCCGAAAGAAAUCUAGUUGCACAAGUAUGAUGGUAGAUGAACAUUUAGAGACUUUUUUUUAUUAAAAUGUUUAGCCGUAACUGCAUUGGAUGGAAAAAGCUAUAUUAAUUGCUAUAAUUUUCUGUAUAAGAAGUUUCACUUUUAGGAAAUACCCCCUUAACCCAUGUAAAUAGGCGGAUAGCGGAUGUGGAGCUGUUUUUAACCACCCACUUGAACACUCCUAAUCAUAAGUGUCCGUUAGAAGUAAAAUGUUGCCGGAUAGUGUAUAAUCUUAUUUGUGCUUAAAGUGAGGUUCGGGGCGGCAUACUGACAAUUAUGAGACCCGCUUCGAAGAUGGCAAUACAUCUCAAAAGGAAAAGAUAUUAUAUAAUUUACAGGUUUGGCUUAUAUCUUGUAAAUUUUUCAAUGGAGAUCUCUUGUUAAGAAAACUGAAUGGAUAAGUAGACAUUUCCUCCAA